AAUGUAUGUACACCCUACAUUAUUUUUUAGAUGUCGACAUUAUAGAGAAAAUUCUUGAGGAUGUCAGCUACUAUUCUCUGUGGCCGGAUAUGAAAGAUGAAGAUUGCCUUGUGCUUGCCAUAAUCUACGACUAUAUUAUGAGAAACUACCAGAAACGGGCGCAGUUGCCCAAUGAUAGAGAGCUGCCUCAACCCUCCUUAACUUAUAUUCUAACGAAUUCCGGACGUGUUAUUCUCUGCCCCUCUGGAACGGAAGUAUUUCUUGCCGUUGAAGAGAGUAUUCAUGGCAUGCGUGUCCAAAUUGCCGCUUCAGUAGCUCGAAUCCGUGUUCGUCAGCAAGUUGGCUCUCUUCGCCUUCUCCUGCCCGAGGAAUGGAGGCAAGCUGAGUUGUACUCCGAGGAAAUGCCUUUCUAUGGUUGGUACAACCAGCUGGUCGGCAAACAGGACAUUGUGACAGGCUGGCUAAACAAUAUGGGGUUUCGACGCGUUGUGAUUGGAAAGACUCCAUCUCCAAUGGAAUACUGCUCUGACAAACAUUGUCCGGACUCUUUUGUUUUCAACUCUGCCGACAGACAGAUGAUUUUUGAAUCUGAAAUAGUAGAUCAGAAAAACCUAGACAAGAGUAAUUGCUUCGCACUACACUGUACACUUGCCAUGGCAGGUGGAGGAGAGGAAAUCAUGUUUGUCAACACAACCAAUCUACUAUCAGCCAUUCACAUGGAGGGCUUGCUGGGUAACAAGUUUCCUAUGGUUCUGCCAGUUCCGACAAUUCGCAUUAUUCGCACGAUUCGGGAAGAUGAAGACAACAAGUUGGCGACUAAGAUGGGCUCUAAAGUCACCCGGGCAUCUUCUGAAGAGUUUUACCUGGUUGAGCCAGGCAAUGAAAAAAAUCGACAGAUUAGGCACAUCUUCCUGGAGGCCACGGACAACAGAAGUGGUGUUAUCAACCCUAUCGAUUAUCUUGAGGCCGAGAGUGACGAUAUUAAUAUUCUCCGUGAUAUGUGGCUCCUUCCUGGGAACCCGGCGAAGGAAGCUCGGAAUUUGGAAAUGAAUAUUAAGACAACAAAUCUCCUGAAGCAUGCCUUAAAGUUCAAUAAUGUGCGCAGUAUUACCUUUCUCAGUCAUCAUAAAAAUCUGGAAGAUGUUGAAUCGCUCGUCCUCAAAGUGUUAGAGGCGCAGAAUAAGGCCUUGAUUAAGGAGACAGAAUUGAUAUCAGUCAAACAACCCACAACAGUGCCGGCUUUUGGACUCACUGUGCCUCUGAUGCCAGCCUUGCAGGAGGAGCGUGAAGCUCUGGAGGCUGGACAACCAAGUGUUAUCACUGAUUCAAAGAUGGUGCAUUUCCCAGCAGGACCAAACAACAAUGCGUUCACAGUUUGUUGUAUAGUCAAAGAAGUAGGCGGCAUCUCUAUUAUAUACCAAUUUAAAUGA